CGCCACCAGCAGCUGGAAGCGGAGCAAAAUCGAUUUUCGGACGGCAGGCUGAUAUUUUCGCCGCGACUGGGCCGAAAGUGAGCAAGGUGGCGAGUGCAGGGACGUUUGCCGAAGCCGGGAUGAGGUCGAACCAGUAGGCAGAGCAGUCGGCGACAGCCCCAGCGGCCAGUCGGCGUCGACAAAUGCGCCGAUAGUAGCCCAGAGCCCUCCGACAGCGACACACUUUGAAGAUGGGGAAUUCAGCGACGAGUCAGGCGAAAAAAGGCGACACCGCCGAGUACGUGAAGGAGUACCUGGAGCGGGUCAAGGAAGAGUUUGAGGAAAAAUGGAAAAAGAAUCCGACCAACACGGCGGCCCUGGACGACUUCGACCGCAUCAAGACGCUGGGCACGGGUUCGUUUGGCAGGGUGAUGUUGGUACAGCACAGAGCCAGCAAAGAGUUCUACGCGAUGAAGAUCCUCGACAAGCAGAAAGUCGUCAAACUCAAGCAGGUGGAACACACGCUGAACGAGAAGCGAAUCCUGCAGGCGAUCAGCUUCCCAUUCCUGGUCAGUCUGCGCUUCCACUUCAAGGAUAACUCGAACCUGUACAUGGUGCUAGAGUACAUCCCGGGCGGCGAGAUGUUUUCGCACCUGCGAAAGGUUGGCCGCUUCAGCGAAACGCAGUCGCGCUUCUAUGCAGCGCAAAUUGUGCUGGCCUUCCAGUACCUACACUUCCUCGACCUCAUCUAUCGUGAUCUGAAGCCAGAGAACCUGCUGAUCGACAGCCAGGGCUACCUUAAGGUUACCGACUUUGGUUUUGCGAAAAGAGUAAAAGGUCGGACCUGGACGUUGUGCGGCACCCCCGAGUACCUCGCCCCUGAGAUUAUAUUGAGCAAGGGCUACAACAAGGCGGUGGACUGGUGGGCCCUCGGCGUGCUCGUUUAUGAAAUGGCCGCCGGCUAUCCGCCCUUUUUUGCAGACCAGCCCAUCCAGAUCUACGAGAAGAUCGUUUCGGGCAAGGUGCGCUACCCCUCGCACUUCAGCUCAGAACUCAAGGACCUCCUGAGGAAUUUACUUCAGGUUGACCUCACGAAGAGGUUUGGUAAUUUGCGCAACGGCGUCAACGACAUCAAGAACCACAAGUGGUUCUCGUCGAUUGACUGGAUCGCCAUUUACCAGAAAAAAGUAGAAGCCCCGUUCACGCCACGCUGCAAGGGUCCAGGAGACACGAGCAACUUUGACGACUACGAGGAGGAGGCGCUCAGAAUCAGCUCGACAGAAAAGUGCGCGAAAGAGUUUGCCGAGUUCUAAAGUCGCAACGAACCCUGACUGGCCCACACAAAAAGGAUAGCUAAGAGAAAAAUAACAUUGCAGGAUUUGGAUUACGAAGAAGGCGAAAAGCGUGAGAAAUUCAGGGGUUGGGUGCGCCGCGGUGACUUUUUUGCUGCUACAUUCCUCUGCCUUUUGUUUUUGUUGAGAGUUGUUUUGAUUUAUUGCGUUUUUUGCCCCGCCUGUGGGGAACAAUCGCCGAACAAAACGGGUUUGAUCAAUUUUUGAACCAUUUCCAGUUGGUUUCGAUUUUGUUGGUGCGCGGCGCCAACCUCUCCCGCAAUGAAGGGCGGUCUAGUGAGCGACUUAGCUGUUAGAUUUUUGUACUGCGAGUCACCAAUGCCGCUCUCAACCCAACCCCCACCUGAAACGGUGCACUAGCAGAGUAAGGGUUCUGGUGUAACAAUCAAAGAUAUCAAAACUGAGAUACAAUCUAGCGGCAAGCCGAGCCGGCGGGCAGGGAGCUCUCCAAAAGGCGCCUCCAUUCCUUAAAAAAGUUAUUACGGCAUAAUUGUGCACGAGGUGGACUUUCCACCUGGACGAUUUCUUCCCUCAACUCUGCUUAAUUUAAUAAUGUGAUCUCUUGUAACAAAAAUCUCUACAACCUCUCCCAAGGUUCUGCAUUUUUUUUAACAAAAAUCGUCCAGAUGAGUUUGUCUGGCUCUUUCAAAAAUUUUAACGCCACGUUUUCUGGACAUGCAAGCGCCUUACUAGCAGUGGCCUUUACAGGGACGCUGCCUCCCCACCGGCCCUUCGGCGAGUCGCGAGCUAAGUAAAUGUUGUACUAAAGAGAUUCAUUCAUUCGUCCCCUUCCGACCAUUGACCAUUGAAUUAAUCCUUGCUAAGAUUAAAAUAAUAAAUGUUCUAUCCGCUCUCUGUCUGCAAAGAUGGUCGUACUAAGAUCUGUAAAACCGAACCAGAAACAAACCACCCACUGUUAUCAAAUCAAUGUGCUGUAGUUAACGCAAAAAUGGUGAAAAAUUAUACACAAGGACUUGACUAUCAAGAAUGAGUAAAUCAAAAUGCUGUCCCGUGUCCACUUAUCUCGGAGGUGCAUUCGUGUGUAGGCAAAAAAAGUAAGGAAACAAACUGCUGAGAUCAAGAACUUCUUUAGAAAGAAACUUAUAAAUUAUAUGAUACAGGACAACAACUGAACGAGCCGACGAGUCAAUCUGUGUUCACUCUCUAUCUAUCUUUCCUACUGCUGAGCUGUUGCUGAAGUAAAAUUAAAUAAGAAAUGAUGAGUUUUGUCGACCGAUUUUUGAUAUACACAAGUUAAUGACACUUCCCUUACAUAUUCUGUAACUGCUCUCUUCUUUAAGACCCGAGGAAAAAUUAAAAAGGCAGGUUGAAAAUUUCCCUGGCUCGGUCUAUUAUUCUCACGGUCAAAAUCUCAGAUUGAGCCGCAAGUUCACAAUUUCGGCCUGCCCCCAGCUACAAAAAGAACUAAUAUUCCUGUCCCUAAAAUACUUGAGUUUGUUUGAAUCUCGCUUGCCUCCCUAAGAGGCCAAGGAUAAAUUUUGUGUAUCACUGUAAUUUUGAACCGUCAUCAGUAAUUUUUAUUAAAACGUGAAUAAUUAAUUAAUUAAUCAUGGAAUAGUUGUCUCUCCUUAACAGACAUAUCUCUCUCGAUGGCUCAAAAAUCUCCGAUUGUUUCCCAACUUUAUUAAUAUUUAGCGACCAAAACACAUGUGAGCCUCUAUUUGUUGCUGAUUAACCGAUUUCUUUGUUACAACAAUAACUUGAGGAUUGAGUUGCGGAGAAGGGCUUUUUAUGCGGACACUGUGGAGGAAACCAGGCGAGCCACAGAACUGACAGAACCCCUGCUGGGAGAAUUAAAAAAUUAAAGCCACUCUCUGAAAGCCUAAAUUUUCGAAAUAAUCUUGGAAAUGCUCUACUAAAAUCUAAUUUCAUGGGCCAGAAUUAAAACUUAUUUGCUGCCAACUAUAAACUCAACCAAUUAUAUUCCGCGUUACAUUUUUCAUAAUGGGCGUCUUGUUGUGUCAUUCCAUGAAACUACUUAAACUUGAGAGUGGUGUACAUUUUUUCCAGAUAAUUCUUUUUUUAAAGAGCGCUGAAUAUAUAAUUUUACAAUCACAAAAUUAAAGUCACUUAUCAAAAUACAUUUAAAAAAAAAGCAAAAUGGAUGUAUAGCUCUUCUUGUGAUGUAAAUAUAACUUUGUGAAUAUAACUGAGGCGAGAAACUAAAAAUUCAGCAAAUUUAACACUCACACACACGAUGGUUGUACAUGAGAGAUCAUGAAAACUAAUUACUUGUAUACUUUGUAGCCAAUAAGUUGCAGCUUUUUUUAACACAAACAACGCGCGUUUUAACAUACAAAAAUCUCAACUGGACAAGUAUCUUUAUGUAAAUAUUUUUUUUAACAGAUUAUUAUGUUGUGUUAAUUAAUUAAAUUGUUGAUUUUUGUCAAUAAUAAUGUGAUGGAUAUUUGAUAAUAUACUCUAUUGUAAGGAGCAACAAUAAGCAAGAUAGUCCGCAGUCAAGGAAGUGUUUUUGACUUUUUGAUCUAUGCCAUUUUAAUUUAAAUUGAUUUAUUUCGUUGAAUAUGUUGACUAAUUUUAAAUUGAAAUUCCUCUGUUUACUAGUCUGACCUUUUCAAAAUUCUUUGCGACGGAGUUAGUUGUGAUUUGUCGGCAGUUCAAUGCAUAAUUAUUAUAUAUUAAAAUAUUCAUUAUAUUGAAUGUUAAAAUGUUCAAAUUUGAUCAAACAUCCAUAAUAUUAAUAUAACUAUUUUGAUUAUCAGCAAAUUAUUCUCACGCGUAUCAAAAAUGUAGAACGGAACAACUUAAUUACUUACAGAGCAGAAUUUUCACCCUGUCUGUCUUUCGAGCUGAUGAGAUUUUUGGAACGAGGAUCAAUAAAAUGUAAUUAACUGUUUGGGUUGUGGACUACAAUUAUAGAAACAUGUGCAUGACUUUAAGAAGCAAAAUAAUAAUAAUAAAUGAUCUGCGCUGGAUGUAUUUAUUGGAUAAUUAUUUUUCAAUUAUGUGGAAAAUCUUGUAUCACUAUUGGUGUGGCAGCUUCUAAAUGUGGGAGAAAUUCUUUAGAUAGGUUUGAGACGUUUCCGUGAUCAUGUUCUAUUUAAUAAGCAGAAAAAAAAUUAAAAAGAAGAAUUAAAAGCAAACACGUUCACUGUGCAAAAAA